AUGCUUCUCGCUUCGUCAAAUAUUCCUUCUUUCCUUCUCUCUUCAUCAUAUAUUUUCUUUCUUUCUUUCUUUCUUUCUUUCUUUCUUUCUUUCUUUCUCCACCCUCUGAAAUAUAGUUGUAUUUCUUUCUGUAUUUUUUCUUACAUUCUUUCUAUUUUACGUCUAAUAUUCUUUCUUUCUUUCUUUCUUUCUUUCUUUCUUUCUUUCUUUCUUUCUUUCUUUCUUUCUUUCUUUCUCCACCCUCUGAAAUAUAGUAUAUUCUUUCUUUCUUUCUUUCUUUCUUUCUUUCUUUCUUUCUUUCUUUCUUUCUCCGUCCAAUAUUUUCUUUCUUUCUUUCUUGUCGGCAGAUAUAAUUUAUUUAUUUCUCCGGCCAGUAUCCUUUCCUUAUUUGGCCAGAUAUUAUUUCUUUCUUUCUUUUCCGUCCAAUAUUCUUUCUUUUUUUCUUUCUUUCCUUCUUUCUUUCUUUCUUUCUUUCUUUCUUUCUUUCUUUCUUUCUUUCUUUCAUAUUCUCUCUUUCUUUAUUUUUUUCUUUCUUUCUUUCUUUCUUUCUUUCUUUCUUUCUUUCUUUCUUUCUUUCUUUCUCCGUCCAAUAUUUUUUUUUUCUUUCUUUCUUGUCGGCAGAUAAAAUAUAUUUAUUUCUCCGGCCAGUAUCCUUUCCUUAUUUUGCCAGAUAUUAUUUCUUUCUUUCUUUUCCGUCCAAUAUUCUUUCUUUCUUUCUUUUUCUUUCUUUCUUUCUUUCCUUUUCAUAUUCUUUCUUUCUUUCUUUCUUUCUUUCUUUCUUUCUUUCUUUCUUUCUUUCUUUCUCCGUCCAAUAUUUUCUUUCUUUCUUUCUUGUCGUCAGAUAUAAUUUAUUUAUUUCUCCGGCCAGUAUCCUUUCCUUAUUUGGCCAGAUAUUAUUUCUUUCUUUUUUUUCCGUCCAAUAUUCUUUCUUUUUUUUUUCUUUCUUUCUUUCUUUCUUUCUUUCUUUCUUUCUUUCUUUCUUUCGUCAUAUAUUCUUCCUUUCUGCCUUCCUUUUUAGCGUCAAAUAUAGUUUUUAUUUAUUUAUUUCAUAAGAUAUUCUCUCUUUCUUUCUUUCUUUCUUUCUUUCUUUCUUUCUUUCUUUCUUUCUUUCUCCGUCCAAUAUUUUUUUUUCUUUCUUUCUUGUCGGCAGAUAAAAUAUAUUUAUUUCUCCGGCCAGUAUCCUUUCCUUAUUUUGCCAGAUAUUAUUUCUUUCUUUCUUUUCCGUCCAAUAUUCUUUCUUUCUUUCUUUCUUUCUUUCUUUCUUUCUUUCUUUCUUUCUUUCUUUCUUUCUUUUUUCUUUCUUCUCAAAAGUGA